UUGACCUCCAACAUGGCUGCCGAGGCGCUGCCCUCGGAGUUCGACGUUGUCGUCCUCGGAACAGGUCUGGUAGAGUCUGUGGUUGCAGCAGCUUGUGCCCGAGUUGGACAAAGAGUUCUGCAUCUGGACCAGAGGAGUUACUAUGCUGGCAAGUGGGCUAGCUUCACUUUCAACGGCUUGCUUUCCUGGAUAGAGGACCAUAAAAAUAAGGCAGACUCCCACCCGGAAGUGGUCCAGGAUUGGUCUAAUCUUCUAGAGGAAGGAGAAGAAUUGAUUCGUCUGUCUUCCAAAGACUCUGCCCCAGUCACCAACCUACAAGUCUUCUGCUAUGCCAGUGAGGAAAAAGAGGAGGGCACUGGGAGUGCAGAUGCUCCAAACAGCGCAGAAUCAGAAAGUGGAGGGGCAGGAGAUGGAGCCACUGAUCCAGGAAGUACAGCUGACAUGACGUCAGAAGCUGAGUCAGCCCAGGAGGAGACCACAGAACCAAAGGAAGAGGUCAUCCAGACAGACAGCCAACCACACCCCUCCGCUACUCAGAGCCAAUCGGAGCCAAGCAGGAAGAAGAUCAGCUACACUCAGCUGCUCAAGGAAGGACGGAGGUUCAACAUUGACUUGGUGUCAAAGCUCAUGUACUCACGGGGCUCGCUGGUCGACCUGCUCAUCAAAUCUAAUGUCAGUCGCUAUGCAGAGUUCAAGAAUGUCACCCGCAUCCUCACCUAUCGCCACGGCAAAGUGGAACAGGUUCCUUGUAGCAGGGCUGAUGUGUUUGCUAGCAGACAGCUGACUGUGGUGGAGAAAAGAAUGUUGAUGAAGUUUCUGACUUCCUGCUUGGAUGAUGAAAGCUCGGCUCAGGAGCACGAGGCCUUUGCUGGUCGGCCAUAUUUGGAGUUCCUCCGCUCCCAGAAGUUAACAGACAACCUCCAGCACUUCCUGCUUCACUCUAUUGCCAUGGUGACGGAGGACACACCCACAGAGGAGGGAUUGGCAUCCACACGACAUUUCUUGCGUUGCCUAGGCCGCUAUGGCAACACCCCCUUUUUGUUUCCCUUGUAUGGCCUGGGAGAGAUCCCUCAGUGUUUCUGUAGGAUGUGUGCUGUGUUUGGAGGAAUCUACUGUCUCCGUCAUUCGGUCAACUGUCUAGUGGUUGACAAAGACAGCAACAAGUGCAAGGCAGUGAUCGACACCCAGGGGCAGCGAAUCAGCUGCAGUCAUUUUGUGGUGGAGGAAGGCUACAUUGCAGAGGGGUGGGGCCAGAGGAUCACGCCCACGAGGUCUAUUUCCAGAGCAGUUCUGAUAACUGAUGGUUCUCUCCUACACAGUGACUCAGAUCAGCAGGUUUCCAUAGUAACAGUCCCCUCAGUAGAAACAGGAGGUCCAGCAGUGAGACUGGUAGAACUCUGCCCAUCUAGUAUGACCUGUAUACCUGGAACAUAUCUGGUUCACCUCACCUGUCAGUCAAUUGGCUCCGCCCACCAGGACCUGUCUCCUAUAGUUUCCAGUUUAUUCCAAACAAAUGACUCGGCUGACAAAGAGGACUGUGCACAUGUAUUGUGGUGUGUGUAUUUCAACAUGGCUGACAGUUCAGGGAUGGAGGUUGAAGGACACGAUCUGCCGUCGAAUAUUUACAUCUGCAGAGGACCAGACAGCCAGUUAGGACACCAGCAGGUCAUCAGUCAGGCAGAGCAGAUGUUUCAAAAGAUUGUACCUGCGGAGGAGUUUUGUCCUCCCGCUCCAAACCCUGAAGACAUCCUCUAUGAGGGAGAAACAGCAGAUGCCAGCCCUUCCCCCCUAGAGGAGGAGGAAACAGGAGACACCAGCCCCUCCCCCCCAGAGGAGGAGGAGGAGAGAGAAGAAGAGAGAGGGAGGGAGCAAGAAGAAGAGAGGGAGAGAGAGGGAGAUGAGAGAAAGACUCAAGAAGAAGAGUGACAACAUACACACACACACACACAACAAACAAGAACUUGAUACAUUCUGCAUUUGGUCUUUAAAUCUGAACACAUUAAACAGCCCCAGUGUAUUAUGGGUAAAAUGUUGAUGUUGCCUCUCUGUCUUUCAGUUUCAAACACAGUCAGUUCUCCUGAAUUCUGUUAUAUUCUGUUGUCAGCAUUUCAAAUAAAGCUUCCACAGAUGGA